AUGCGUUCAACCUCUAUUGCAGCUCUGGCUGUGUUGGCUUGUGCCACACAGUCGGUUGCCGAAAACAUUCUGCGACCGAAACAUUAUUUCCCAAAGGACGUUAAGCGCCAAAUUGGCAAUUUUGGCUCCGGUCUAAGUGACUUGCUAGGAGCCAAUACCCCUGCGUCUUCGUCCACCAGCUCUGGAACUUCUGAUGUUGUAGUCGUGCCAGUGUAUGUCUAUGUUGGCUCCGAUGGCAAAACCACAACCACCACUGGCGAGGCGGUGACCAAAACUCCAACCGCCACUGUCGCUUCUCUCGCUGCUCCAACAUCUGUUGAGGCUGGCGUUGUUACAUCGGCUACCACGGCCACGCCAGCCAAAACUACGACUGCAACAUCGGCAACCUCCGCUUCCUCUAGUGAUGGCGGCUUGCUGGGAAACCUUGGUAGUGAUGUUUCCAAAUUGCUUGACCCGACUACCAGCACAGGGUCUGUAGGUGGUUUGCCUUCGACAAUUCUCCAGCCAACUAGCGCUACACACACUACAACCACUGCUGCUGAUAGCACCAAGACCGACACAACCACUGCUCAUUCUACUGCUAGUACAAGCACUGAUUCCCCCAACCUUCUUUCCAGCCUUUUGGGAUCUAGCGGGUUACUUGGUGGGUUGACACCGAGUUCGUCGUAUAGCGCUGUGCCUGGUAUCACAGUCGGGCUAUCUAGUAUUAUCACUGGAUCCUCGACCGCGACCGCGACCGAGACUUCAAUCGUUUCAUCUUCCAGUGCCAGCGCAACUACGUCACCCAGUGGUGGUACCCUAUUGCCGUCUCUCUCUAUUCCGCUUCUGAGCUCUAUUCUUCCAGGUACAACCAAGUCGUCCAGCGCUCAGAUCCCUACCGGUACCACAACUUCUAUCCCGAUCACUGGAACAACAUCUACCAGUGCCUCAGUUACUGUCAAGCCAUCUGGUAGUUCUUCAGCUGUUUCCACUGGAACAUCAAAGUCUGCUUCACCCUCUGUGGUCCCCACUGGUACCAGCACCUCUGUGAGCCCUUCAGUCGCGGUAAGCACUGGAUCCUCGGUUCCUGCUCCCAAACCUACUACUGUGCUAUCCUCCCAUUCUGUCGUUUCAUCUACGACACAGGCGCCAACUACUACAGCUGAACCAACUACCACUGCUGAGCCAACUACCACAUCGACCAGCCAGUCCACAUCUGCCACUGACACUCCAUAUGUCCCCCCUCCUGUUAUUACUCCCACUUUGACUUCAACUGCCCCAGGUACCCAGCAGUCGACAGGCCCAACCCAGAUCCCAGGAGUCAUCGUACCUCCAGGCGGUCCUCCGCAGACUCCUGCCAACUCUACUCUGGUUCAAUUUGGUUUCAACAAGGACUUAGCAUGGCCAGUGGUCGCCACUUCUAUGAACUGGCCCGAUCAGAUCUACUACUACACUCCUCUUGGUGUCGGAUACGCCCUCGCUAUUACCCAGUCUAAGAUCGUUCCCUACUGGCUUGGUCCGUAUGACACUGUGAGCAGUCUGGGUUACAACACGACUCUUAUCAAGUUCUACGUACCUAGCGAUCUCGUGGACACUCUCAAUGCUCAGCGAUUAGCGCCUUCAUCCGACUUGUACCAGCAGCCAAACACGCCGAAUGACUCCCCAACAUUCGCCCAGAGUUCUAUCAAGAACUUGUUCUCUAUGCUGAACACUGAUAUUCCUUUGGUGGCUCAGCAACCAGCUGGUAGCUCUACUGGCACUGGUUCUGGAUCUGGUGACGGCUCGCCUGGUGCCGGAGGUAAUGGUAACGGCAACACAAAUGAUGGUGGCGCAAGCAGCAGUAGUGGCGUUCGUGCCAGCUCUGUUGGAAUUGGUGUCGGAGCCGCGGUCGGUGCUGCAGCUUAUGCUGGUGCCAUGUUCUAUGUUGCCCGUCGCUACAGGAAGCGCAAACAACUGCACCAGCGAUCCAGCUCUGUCCCAAGUGCGCAAAUGAGCGAGGCUGGUAACACCACCUUCCUUUCGGCGCCUAACACCCGCAUUUCUCACAAUAGCGGCCGAACCAACCGUACCCAGAUGAUCAGUGCCCCUGUGAUGUCGGAGAACUCCUUGGGAUGGAACUAG